AUGUUGAAAAAAUACUUUUUUUGUUUUAAUUUAGUGGAAGGACAUAACUGUCAACCAGUUGAAAAAUGGAAGGAUUGUGACGUCAGCUCUUGGUUGAAGUCCAUAGGAGUGAAAGAGAACUACAUUAAGAAAAUGAAUGAGAAGGAAGUUAGUGGGCAAGUUCUCCUGGGACUAACAAAAAACUAUCUGAAAAAAGAAAUUGGAAUGAAAUCAGGGCAGGCUCACUUGAUAAUCCAAAAAAGGAAUGCGCUGAUCGAGUCUUCACGAGUGCAAGAACCUCAAAAAGCCCUGAAAAAGAGAAAAGGUGGAGAUGAGAAGGAGCAGCAAUCGAUAGGCAGUCAUGACACAGAUGCUGGACCAACACAAGUCCCUCCAGAUCCAGAGAAUAAGUCACACCAGGAACAGUCAGUGAGUGUGUUAUCUACAAAGAUGGACUGUAAACCACGGCCUGUAGGCAAAAAGGGUUCUGAAUGUACAUACUUACAGCACAGUGUACUUCUGCCUGAAUCUGGUGUUUCUGACCUUAUCACACCUUGUCAUGAAUACAAAUCGUUAGCCAUAGCAGCUACGUUAUGCCGUCAAAGCCUGCAAGCAAUGUUUGCAAGAGAGGUUUUUAAAUUUGGCUCUGCAUGCAUGAAUAUGCGGUCCAAUGGUACCAUACAUUUUGGAGUGAUGGACAGUAAAUGUGACACUAGCUUUGUACAUGGUGAGGUAAUAGGUGUUCCUGUGAAAGAGAAAGACAUGUACAUUGAUGCAUUUGAUCACAUUGAAAGAAGUUUCUCAAAGCAGAAUAGUGAACAUGUGCGAAGGUGCAUACAUGAACCAGAGUUUAUAAAGGUUGGGAACUGCACAGAGGAACAUUAUGUCAUAGAAGUUGACAUUGUGCCAGAAAUAAGCAUUGUGAAAAACCGAGUUUACCCUGUCUGUCUACCAAAUUUCCAAAAAGCAUCAAACAAAGUUGAGUUUGAAAAGAAAAUCUCCUAUGAGAGAAUAGGCGCUAAAACAGAACCAGUUAGUGAUCACGAUAUGUUCUACCAACAUAUUAAAGACAGAGAUGCAAGGAGAGAAAAGGCUGAACAGUCUUGUCUGAUCAACACACCGAAUAUCGUGCAAAACCUUGGAAGAAAAUUGGAGAAGUUGGUGACUGGUGGAAAAAAAGUCAUAGACAAAGACCAGUGGUACAUUCUUGUCACUAACAAAUUUGAAAGUGAGCAUUUGAGUUCCAUUGACUUCAUAGUGAACAUGAAGAUAUUCUGUGUCUUUGACUUUGACCCUGAUUCUAACCUGUCUGGAUUAUGCAAGAAAUACCAUGAUCACCAUGCCCCAAACUUGCAUUUCCUGCAUAGUUACAAAAUUUCAAGUGAGAUGAACAUCAGUGAAUUUGCGAGCCAUUUGAACUUGUUUGAACAGGUCAGCUGGAUUUUUUGCAAUGGACGAAAUGGCUACCGUGGAAAUGAAACUCCCUGUGAUGAAAUGACCUGGAUCAAGACUGCAAAGACUCUUCUGAAGGAGGCAGUGUCGGUGAUCUGUAAACAAGUUCUUCCCCCAGGCACCUUUUCAGUGAUUUUUCUUCUCACUUCACCAGUGGAGCUACCAAUGGUUCACACUUUCUAUGAGUUCUACUCUGAGAUGCAAGGCCAUGAAGACAUCAUUUGUAUUUCGGAAUCUGAAGAAAAUCACACCACAUGGACAGGCUAUGCCCAGAUAUCUUGCAGUCCCGAGACGAUAAACAACAAGAGUGUUGUAGGGAUGAAAAUGAGCCAUGUGAAUGCCACAGUACAACAUGUUCAGCCUCACACUGUGAAUUCCAGGCAUUUACCCACCCACAGUAAUGCAAUGUGUCUGCUUGAAACCACUGAAGAAGAAAGGAUGUCUUCCUUGGAGAUCCUGUGUGUAGACCAAUGUGAUGAUUCCACUGGUGUCUUUGAGGAUGAAAAAGAAAAAGUUGAAAUGCAGUUUUACAGGGGAGGUAAAGUAAGUUGGGUGAAUUUCUGGCUUGCAGAAAACCAAAUGGUUGGGAAGUUUAUCCAAAGGGACACCUAUAAGGAGAUUUCCAAAUGUCUGAAUGACACUCCCAGAUGGAGUAAGGACCAAAUGCAUGUCAACAGCAUCAAUAUGUACCACCACCCAGGAAGUGGUGGGAGCACUGUUGCACGACAUGUACUAUGGAACAACAGAAAAGAUCUAAGAUGCGGAGUUGUAAAAGCAUCAUUCCCAGUGACCCGUGUCGCAGAUCAUGCUGUAAAACUGCGUGAAUAUGAGGAAAAAGACCCGCAGAAAUGCCUUCCUGUACUCCUCCUGGUGGAGGACUGUGAAAAUGACUAUCUAGACAGCCUCAGAAAUGAAUUGGAAGUUGCAAUGAAAGCCAAGAAAAUCAAUCAAGGAAUACUGUGUUUUGUUGUUCUGAGCUGCAGACAGUCACAUGACCCAGAAAAAAUGUGCAAGGACUCACCUUUACAGAACUUUGCGGUGACUCACAAAUUAUCCGAGGGUGAGAAAAAACAAUUUGCCCUGAAAAUGACUGAACUUAAAGAACAGCAUCCACCGGAGCACCUCUUGACAUUUGUGUUGAUGAGUAAAGAGUUUGAUAGGGAGUAUGUUACCAAAUUUGUGACUGAUUUGCUGGAAGGCAUUGAUCACUCUUCUGUUUCCACUCGCCUCAUUCUGUACGUGGCUUUACUCAACACACAUGUUCAAAACUCUUACCUCACUCAGUCUCAUUGUGAGGUUCUCUUGCUACUGAGCAUGCACCUGAACAAAACACCGGAAACGCUGCGUAAACGCGAUGACACAUUCUCAAGGCAUUUGUUUGAGUCAUCGUUAAGUGAACAAGCCAAACUUCUUUUCAUACACUUGAGAAAUGAGAAGACAAACAUCAAAUGUAUACGCAUCAUUCAUCCAUUAGUCGCCAAAGAACUUCUCCAACAGCUUUUAUGGAGCGAUGUGCAGCAGAGCACUGUAGCCAUAGACCUCCUCCAUGAAGACAUGCUUUUUCAGAACAGUUUUGGAAAAGAGGAUUACCACAAAUUUCUGCGGGAUCUUUGCAUGAGGCGCAGCAAGAUCAGUAGAGGUGAUGAAAAGGACAGUUCCUUUUCACCUCUCAUCGAACAUAUUCUGAAGGCAGAAACCACAGAGAGGGCAGUUGAAGUUCUGCAGAAAGCCUAUGAGCGUUUUGGUGACGAUGCCUUCUUUGCUCAGCAACUUGCUCGACUGCAUUACACAGAAGAAAUGUUUGAAAAAGCUGAACACUGGGCAGAGAUUGCAGAACGAAAAAAACCAAACAAUUCCUUUUUCUUAGACACAAAAGGCCAGGUGUACAAGAGAUGGUUCAAAGCGAAAUGCAAAGUGCUUGAAGGCGAGAUUACUGCUGAAGGCACUGUGGGUGCAAUUGGAACAGCACUAAAAGGAAUGCAGUGCUUCAGAGCAUGCCAGACAGCAGCCAACACAGAUAAAGAAAAUGUGAUCACAGGCUACUUUGCAGAAGUUGACCUUGCAUGUGAUAUUUUGCAGCUCAUUUUGCGUGUGUUUCGCAAUAGAAAGGAAGAGUGUAUGCAGUACCUGCUCUCAGAUCACAUUCCAGAAGCUGUGAAACAUCCCUGGAUACAUUUUCACAGCGAACUGAAAAGCAUUCAGAAAAACAUGUGGCAAGCCCUUGAACUGAUAUCUGAAGACCUAGCAUAUUUCCAGACUGCCACCACUUCAGGCCAUGAACCACUCAGCACUGAAAUUAAGAUAAACAAUCCAGUAAAGUGGCUAGCGAAAAAAUCAUCCUGGUAUGGUGAACUUUUUGGAGAGGUACCAUUGCCUAGACUUAACCAAGGUCUGCUGUGCUGGAUGAACAUUUGCAGCCUUGGUGGUGGUAACAUGACUGCAGUCUUUUCACUUUUGUCUGAAAAGAAACGUGCACAGUUAGAACAGAUCAUUGCUGCUUAUCCUUGCAAUAAGCAUAACUUAGAUCAAACUGAAAUUGUGACAUACAUAUCGUCACAGAUUGCCUUAAGUUGUCUUUCUGCAACUUCCUCCAAACCCGGAACACUUCAAGCCCUUCAGGAACUUAGCCGGAGGUUCCAAAAAGAGAGAGGUAAAUGUUCGCCUAAUUUUCUUUUUUUACAAACUCUGCUAUUCUGGCCUGAAGAUGAUGAUAACAACCAUGACAGAGAUGCCAAAUAUGAAAUCAUCACGGCAGCUGUUGGUGGUCUCAAACAAGGUUACAUCAGAAAAAUGAAAGAUUUACCUCAAAAAGGAAAGAGGCUUUUCACUCAUUUCUUUCUUGGCAAAGAAAAAGGACUGAGUAAGAUUGUUCACAAGAGCAGCCUGGAAAUGUUCAACAAACUUCUCUCAAUGUCUGAGAAGAAACAGAAGUGGCUAAGUGGAGAUGUGUGGAAAAUGCGAGAGGUUGAACUUCUGCUGAAACGUGUUCAAGGUUGGACAAAAGAUGGAAAAGUCUACAUUGAGGGCGCUGAAAAGAAACCAUUCAUGAUACAUGCUUUGAAUUCAGAUUCAAUCCCUUAUGAGAAUGAAAAUGUUGAGUUCUACCUGGGUUUUACUUUCCAAGGGCCAGUUGCUCAUGGCAUUACAAUCAGCAGGAGUAGCAAGGCAAGGUAG